GAAGUUUGGGUAAUCUGGUCAUUUCGUCCAAAAUCAUUCGGCUGUCUCGCUAACUGUCUGCGACACACGGCUUUUCACUUUCUUCUUCUCUCACGAGUCACGAAUCAGGAGCCAAACGCCUGUGCUAGAGUUAGACGAGUGGAUAAAGAAAUAUAUUGUAGUUUCUGCUGAGAUUUUCAGCUUUUCUUCUCCUUUUCAACCAAAGCCCAACCUAGGAUACAUGUAUCUCAGUUUACAAGUUAGUGAACAACCUAGCAGUAGUACUAGAGACCACCAAUCCUCCCACCGUGCAAGAUCUCCUUCUCCCACCAAUACUUUUAUCCUUGUUAUUCUAUCUUUCCCUCCAAGCUUUGUUUUGAAGCCUCCUAUUCAGAACUCCUAGCAUGGCUGUGCUGGUGGUUCCAAAAUCUCCUAGCCUGGCUGUCGCUGAUUGUUCCCAAAGGACCCGUAAUGCGCAUUGUGUCCUAGAGUAUCUUCAUGUGCAUAGAGUGCUCCAGCAAUUAUCCUUGCCUCAUUGUUUUUCCUUUUACCCAAAGUUUCUAUCAAAUAGCACAUGCAAAUUUGACCAGCUGCCCCCUGGAGAAGCUGUGUGCUAUUGCAGCAUGUCAUGGAACAUCCACAUCUACUGGUGUAGAUGUGAAUGGGGCUGAAGCUGGAACCUUACGAGUGCAGUAGCAGUAAGGCCAUAGCCAUGGAUGAAAGGAAGAUAUUUUCACGGUCCUUGUUGGCCUUUGUUUUAUUGAAAGAAAAUAUUGAUUUUCAUAUGGGAUUUAGCAGAAUACAGGUCAAGUAAAUCAAUCAGUAUGGUGGAUGUAAUUCGUGUGCACUGAACUGGCCCCUGGGGAAGUUACUUCUGUUAAUAUCCUAAUUUUCUUUUUGUACAAACAUCUGAAAUCAGAUUAACAGAAAUUGGAGACAACCAAAUAUGCAAACGGCUUCAUCACAUCAUUCAAUUUUUUGCAUUUCUAACAGAAGAAGCCAUGUCAGGCCAAAUAUGUGGAUGGACAUUAAAACUGUAAACGCAAGUCAACUUAGCUUCAGUGUAGGAGCUCCUAUUUUCAAAAUUCUUUCACCUAAGCGACAAACCAAAUUGUUUGUGUCUCCCAACACAAAUGAUGGUCGCCCUUCUCCAUCUCUGCUAGAUGAAGAAACAAAUACUAAACAUGCACCUAGUUCUGAAACAGAGACAUUGUUGAGCAAAUGGUCACCGCCUGGGUACCUUUGGAAGGGAUUAUCAGUUCUUGUCUUGACAGGACAAGUAAUUAUCAGGACUUUAAAGGGAAACAUUCACUGGAGAAAUACUCUUCAACAGCUGGAGAGAGUUGGACCAAAGUCAGUUGGAGUCUGUCUCUUGACCUCUGCAUUUGUGGGAAUGGCUUUCACAAUUCAAUUUGUUAGAGAAUUUGUUAGACUAGGAUUGCAAAGAUCAGUUGGUGGUGUACUAGCACUAGCCUUUUCAAGGGAGUUGAGUCCCGUGGUCACAUCAAUUGUGGUUGCUGGGCGGAUUGGGAGUGCCUUUGCAGCAGAAUUGGGAACAAUGCAGGUUUCUGAGCAAACAGACACAUUGAGAGUUCUUGGAGCAAACCCUGUUGAUUAUUUAGUGACUCCAAGAGUGAUUGCAUGUUGUCUUGCUCUACCAUUUUUGACUUUGAUGUGUUUCACAGUAAGCAUGGCAUCCAGUGCUUUGCUAGCUGACGGCGUCUUUGGUGUAAGCAUUAAUAUGAUAUUUUAUUCAGCUAGGAAAGUACUUGGAUCAUGGGAUCUGAUCAGCGCCAUGAUCAAGUCACAGGUUUUCGGUGCGAUAAUAUCAAUUGUAAGUUGUGCUUGGGGAGUUACUACGUCGGGAGGCGCCAAAGGCGUUGGGGAGUCGACAACUUCAGCUGUGGUUAUCUCACUUGUUGGUAUCUUUAUUGCUGAUUUUGUACUAUCAUAUUGCUUCUUCCAGGGAGUUGGAGAUUCUCUGAAGAAUUCUAUGUGAUCAAUUGCACUUCACUGCCAGAUGAUAUGUAAGAAGAAAUCUUCUCUAUUAUUGGUUUAGGAGUAUUGCUUGUGCAUACAACUCAGAAUAGAAUCAUAGUGUUCACAUUUAGCAAUCAGAAUCAGUAUUGAUAAGUGAGAAGAGAAACUGAAAAGAAAACAAUAUUGGUCCUUGUUUUUGUGAAAGAUUUGCAUGCUUUGUCAAUAAUUGGCCAUUCAAUUCCUUUUCUCUCA